GAAGAGAAACUGAAACUGAAGAAAGUAAAUUUAGGCGAAUAACCUUCUAGGAAUUGAUGGAUUUCAAUUUCAAGAAAUAUCGAAUUUGAAAAGAAUCAGAGUCUGAGAAUCUUAAGUUUCUUGAUAUUUCAUAAUAUAUAAUGGCAGGAAGUCGACUUGAGAAGAUUGGAACAAUUUAUACAAGGACCACAGGUUUACUUCGCUCUGGAGCACUGAAUUGGCAAGAUCGACCACUAUGGUAUGAUAUAUAUGAAGCGUUUCCACCAAAAGAAGAACCCAGGUUUGAUAGGCCCAUUCCUAACAUGAAACUUAAGACCAUUUUCUACAAAGAGGACAAAAUCAGAGCCAUGUUCCAUAGGAAUAAUAAACAUAUCGGCACGACGAACAUGUCCAAUAAUAAAUAUACAUCAUUAACACAAAGGUUCAUUGAAACUUAUCAAAAACUAGAAUCAGAAAAUCGAGACCUUCCAGAAGAAGAAUUAUAUAAGCAAGCAAUUGAUGUUCUCAAAUGGGAUCGGGAAGUUAGAGCCCAAGCAGAAAAUGAAGAGGCCAUUAGUUUGAGUACUGCAUUCAAGGAAGCAAAAUCAAAACAGGAUUCAGACCAAGAUAAAAUUAAAAUAGAUGUGAAAGACAUUUUCAAGUAGGUGUUUUGUGUAAUGUAGAAUAGCAUUAACCCAUGAGUUGAAAAGAAUUAUAGAACAUUGGUAAAAUCGAA